AUGCACAUGUUUCUCUCUCCAGAUAUCACAGGAAGUUUGAGCAUCACUACUCCAGAGCAGACAAUUCAGGAAGCCCAAGGGGAAACUGUCCACCUGCCCUGCAUAUUCACUCUUAACCCUGAGGACCAAGGACCACUGGACAUCGAGUGGCUUCGGCUUUCAGGACCUAAUGAGGCGAGGGACCAUGUGAUAAUUUUGUAUGCUGUAGAUAAAAUUUAUUCUUACUACUACGACCUGAAAGGACGAAUACAUUUUACAACUAAUGAUAUUGUGUCUGGUGACGCGUCCAUAAAAAUAAGAAAUGUUCGGCCUUCAGACAGUGGCACCUAUCAGUGCAAAGUGAAAAAAGCCCCUGGUGUUGCCAAGACAACCAUCCAGCUGACAGUUGUUGAGUUCAUUGGGAAUGUGAGCAUCACAACUCCAGAGCAGACAGUUCAGGAAGCCCAAGGGGAAACUGUUCAUCUGCCCUGCACAUUCACCUUUAUCUCCAAGGACCAAGGACCACUGGACAUUGAGUGGUUUCGGCUUUCAGGACCCAAUAAUGAAGUGGUGGACCGUGUGGUUAUUUUAUAUUCUGCAGACAAAGUUUGUGAUGACUUCUAUCCAGACCUAAAAGGACGAGUACAUUUCACCAGUAAUGACAUCAGGUCUGGGGAUGCAUCCAUAAAUAUAACAAACGCCCAGCCAUCGGAUGCUGGCACCUAUCAGUGCAGAGUGAAAAAACAUCCCGGCAUUGUCAACAGAAACAUUCAGCUGGCUGUCACUGGUUCUACUGAAAGUGUGAACAUCACUACUUCAGAGCAGACAAUUCAGGAAGUCCAAGGGGAAACUGUCCAUCUGCCCUGCAUGUUCACUCCUAACCCUGAGGGCCAAGGACCACUAUUCAUUGACUGGAUGCAGCUUACAGGCCCUGAAAAUGAGGUGGUGAACCGCAUGUUUAUCGUAAAUUUAGCAGACAAAAUUUACGAUGACUUCUAUCAAGAUAUGAAAGGACGUGUGAAAUUUACAAGUAAUGAUACCAGGUCUGGUGACGCAUCUAUAAAUAUAACCAAUAUUCAGCUCUCUGAUGCUGGCACCUAUCAGUGUGGAGUGUUCUAUGACCAUGGUGCUGUCAAAAGGACCAUUCAGCUGAGAGUUGUUGGCUCAUCAAGGGGAGCGGUGAAGAAGGGUCACACGCGGGAGUCAGGCUCCUGA